AGAAGCCUUAGCAUCGGCUUAAUUCCGGCGGUGCUUCGUCAUAUCUCGCUAAAGAGGAUUCCUCGUUCGCCCUCCUUGCACUCGAUCCCUUCGCUGCCGCCUCCUUCUCCAUCUCCUCCGGAGCUCCAUUUCGGACUGCAGCAAUGAGCUCCAUGUAUGGGUCAAUUGAGUCAAAUUCACCACCAUCAUCAAUCAAGAUACUUGUAUUAGGUGGCAAUGGAUUUGUCGGCUCACAUGUUUGCAAAGAAGCUUUGGCACGAGGAUUUUCUGUAGCUAGUCUCAGCAGGUCUGGGAGGCCAUCAAUAAAAGAACUUUGGGCUGAUGAAGUGGAGUGGUACAAAGGGAAUCUUCUUGAACCUGAAUCUUUGAAGGAUGCUAUGAGGGAUGCAACUUCUGUGAUAUCUUGUGUUGGAGGCUUUGGAUCCCCUUCCUACAUGCGCACGCUCAAUGGGACUGCAAACGUCAAUGCUGUGCAAGCUGCUGCAGAAAAUGGUGUAAAAAGAUUUGUAUACAUAUCAGCUGCUUCUUUUGGUGUAAUUGACUAUUGUAUACAAGGUUAUUACGAUGGACAGAGAGCUACUGAAGCAGAAAUCAAGAAAAGAUUUGCUGAUGCAGGAGUAAUUCUCAGGCCAGGUUACAUAUAUGGAACACGCCCCAUCGGGCCUUUGAAGAUACCGUUUGGGCGAAUGUGGACGCCUUUUGAGAUGGCUUUCCAGCACACACCGUUCCUUCGCAAGAUCCCCCUCAUAGGCCCUUUCUUCACACCUCCGGUUAAUGUUGCCAAAGUCGCAAAGGUGGUAGUGAGCGGCGCAACUGAUCCGACAUUUCCUCCCGGCAUACUCGACGUGUAUAACAUCAUUCGCUUGGGCAAACAAAACUAACCAGUGUUUUCACUCGUGCUCCCUCAAAACAAGCUCUGGCUCUCUAUCGAUGUACUGUGUACUUAUUCCUUGCGCGUUGUUUAUUGUUGUUGUAGUAAUUUAUCAGUGUUGAAAAGAUAAUUCGAUCGUCUACACAGUUGUGAUAUGUAAGCCAUUAGUAUGUGCAUCUCUGCGUUUUAGCCCAAUUCAUUUCAAGAAUAACAUUUUCCCUUGAUCUGUUCA